GGUUGCGUGACGUAAGCACGUUCACAUACGUCGACGCUCAUUGGGAAACAUGUCGGCAUCUAACCCUGCGACAAAGAAGGCUCACGGAGAAAAUGUCUCAGAUUCCAUAGCUGGGCCCAGUCAUGUCAAGCAUGACGUCAUGGAUACUGGUGGUGUAACGCAGGUGUUGAGUUCUCAGCAAAAAGGAAGAGAUGCACCCAAAGAUGGAGAUGAUGAAGUUCCUUCUCCAGUUAAUAAACCAGCUGCAGGACAUGCAGCAAAAUCCUUACCAGCGGCCUCGUCUUCGUUGCUUUCCUCUCCUUCCACGUCUUCAACAAUGUCCCCAGGGCGAGCAAAGAUGAGUGUUUCUGGACCUGUUAGUAGUAAACCUGUCCUGCCACCCGCCCCUCCAUCUUCCUCCUCUCCCUCCGGCUUGUUGGAUCCACCCAAAAUCCAUCGAGCACGUAAAACUAUGACCCGGCAACCAACAAUGCAGAGGAGUCAAACUGACACACCUACAUCGCCUCUGACUCCAUCAGGCUCAUCAUCGGACACUGACAGUGUUGCAAAAAAGAGAAAACUCAGCCAUUUAUCUGCCCGCACUCUUGAGAAUUCCCACGCCUUUGAUGACAGUAUACAAAAAACGUUUGAAGAUGGUGGGGGAGCAGCAGGGCAGCACGUUAAAGACUCAGAGGGAUUCGUCAACAUGUCAGAUCCCGAAUCGGAUUCUGAACCACAAAGCGACUUAAUGAGUCAGAGAAAGCCUCAAGAGUUUCCAUGGAAACAGGCGCAUCAGGCAAAAGAUAGAAUCAGCUCUGAUGAAUUGGAGACAGCUGAAGGCGGAAGGUCGACUGAGUACACAGAAGUUCCCUUAGAUGCUUUGGACAUUGCUGCUGCCGACAGCCUCACGCUCUCACCUCAUCAUGAGGGAAGCGAUGGAGGGGACACGGAACGGUUGGAGGAGCUUCCCCUUUGCAGUUGUAGGAUGGAGGCGCCCCGUGUUGACAGCACCAACCAGCGUGUGAGCAGACAAUGUAUGGCCACGGAGAGCAGCAAUGGAGAACUGAAGCCUUGCAGCAACGUGACGUCCAAAGGGGAGACCAUGCGGCCGUCAAGCCGAGUACCCCUGAUGGUGCUUUGCGACACCCAUCGCUCACACAUGGUUAAACACCACUGCUGUCCUGGUUGUGGUUUCUUUUGCAUAGCAGGAACAUUCCUGGAAUGCUGCCCGGACCAGCGCAUUGCCCACCGUUUCCACCGAGGGUGUGUCACGGUGCUCGGCGGUGGGCGGAGGACAAAUGGCGGAAUGCUUUUCUGUCCCCACUGUGGCGAGGAUGCCACCGAGGCUCAAGAGGUUACCAUCCCUUCCUUCAGCUCAGCUUCCGCAAACAUGGUCGUCACCAUGUCAGCGUCCUCCACCACAACACCGUCUCUGCCGCCGUCAGUCCCUACGGCGCCCUCUCUCACAGCCUCCACAGGAGGGAUGAAAGAUGGGAGGAUGCCCGAAAGACCCGUCAGUGCACGUAUGCGGAGCCAUGGAAUGACAACCUUAACCGUGGAGCAACAGCAACCGCCCCAACCUGUGCCUUCGACACCAUCCGCCGCUACUGUGCCGCCUCCUGAGGAGGGAGUGGACAGCGUGGGUCCUUCAGCUUGUAUGCCAAAUGGGAAGCUUGUUUGCCCCAGUGCUCUCCCGGCAGGACCGAGCAGGGCGGCACUACAAAAGGCUAUUCUCACACAAGAUACCGAAAGGAGAAAGAAACUGAGGUUUCACCCCCGACAGCUCUACCCUGCUGCAAAGCAAGGGGAAGUGCAGAGAGUUCUGCUCAUGCUGAUGGAGGGAAUUGAUCCCACAUACCAGCCUGACUCUCAGAACCGGCGUUCUGCUCUGCACGCUGCCGCUCAAAGAGGUCUUUUGGAAGUCUGCUAUAUUCUUCUGCAGGCAGGUGCUCACAUUGAUGCUCAGGACAAGGACCAGAGAACACCUCUCCUGGAAGCCAUCAUCAACAAUCACAUAGAGGUGACCCGAUACCUGAUCCAAAAUGGCGCCUGCGUCUACCAUGUGGAGGAAGAUGGAUAUACUGGUCUCCAUCAUGCAGCCAAACUGGGCAACCUAGAAAUUGUCAACAUACUACUGGAGACGGGACAGGUGGAUGUGAAUUCACAGGAUAAUGGUGGAUGGACACCAAUCAUCUGGGCUGCAGAACACAAACACGUGGAGGUGAUCAAAGUGCUGCUGAACCGAGGAGCUGACGUUACCAUUAAUGAUAAGGAGUUGAACGUGUGUCUCCACUGGGCAGCUUACGCAGGAAACGUGGAUAUUGCCGAGAUGGUGUUGAACGCCGGUUGUUCUCUUGCGUCGGUAAACGUGCACGGUGACACACCGCUGCACAUUGCCGCCAGAGAAGGAUACUUGGAAUGUGUUACGUUGUUUCUUUCCAGGGGUGCAGAUAUCGACAUUAUUAACAGAGAAGGAGACACCCCUCUAACCCUUGCACGCUCUGACACGCCAGUAUGGGUUGCACUCCAGAUCAACAGGAGGAUACGAAGGGGAAUAACCAAUCGCAUGCUUAGGACGGAAAGAAUUAUAUGCAGUGAUAUUGCCCAGGGCUACGAGAACGCACCUAUUCCUUGUGUGAAUGCAGUAGAUGACGAAGGCUGUCCUUCAGACUACAAAUAUGUUUCAGAAAACUGCGAAACGUCAGCAAUGAACAUAGACCGUAACAUCACUCAUUUACAGCACUGCGGCUGCACUGACGACUGUUCCUCUAGUAACUGCCUAUGUGGACAGCUCAGCAUUCGCUGCUGGUAUGACAAGGACCAGCGGUUGCUACAAGAGUUUAAUAAAAUUGAGCCUCCCCUUAUAUUUGAAUGCAACAUGGCCUGUUCUUGUCAUCGCACAUGCAAGAACAGGGUGGUACAGGCUGGAAUCAAAGUUCGACUUCAGCUCUACAGGACCGAGAAGAUGGGAUGGGGUGUUCGAGCUCUGCAGGAUAUUCCCCAAGGCAGCUUCAUCUGCGAAUAUGUGGGGGAGCUGAUCUCAGAUGCAGAAGCGGAUGUUAGAGAGGAUGACUCCUACCUUUUUGACCUGGACAAUAAGGACGGGGAGGUGUACUGUAUUGAUGCCCGGUACUACGGCAACAUAAGCCGCUUCAUCAACCACCUUUGUGAUCCUAACCUCAUCCCAGUACGUGUGUUCAUGCUACACCAAGACCUGAGGUUUCCGCGCAUCGCCUUCUUCAGCUCCAGAGACAUCCUUAGCGGGCAAGAGCUCGGGUUUGACUAUGGCGAUCGCUUCUGGGAUAUUAAGAGCAAGUACUUUACCUGUCAGUGUGGCUCGGAGAAAUGCAAACACUCUGCAGAGGCCAUCGCUUUGGAGCAGAGCAGACUGGCUCGACUUGAGGCUAGUCCCGAGACGGGAGCGGACUGUGGGCUGGCUAUUCCUGGCAUUUAACGACACAAAAUUUAUAUUUCCAUAUCAAUAUGUUUUGUAAUGUACAGUGUUUUUUACUUUCAUCAGUGACUGUAAUACAUUUUUGCUACCAAACCACACAAUGUUUUACCAUUUCAGUGAACAUUUACGCAGUGCUAAGAACACACGAAACACUUUUCAAAAUACCAGUCAUGUUUGUUCAACUUUGUAUAUUUGAGAAAACUGGUUUUAGCAUUAAUCUACAAGUUGUAUAGUCGAUAUUUAAUAUUUUCCGUUGUGCCAAGAAACAAACUCCGUAUUUUACACACUCUGGGAAACUACUGUUAAAAAAACAGGUUAAUUCACGGUAGAAUACUGGCAGCUGUGGUUGCCAGAAUUUUUAAAAAUUGGGGAAAAUGUAAAAAAGUUCAUUGUCAAAUUAAAAACAACUGUAAUAAGAACUUCUUUUAGAUAUUUAUAUACUAUCGAACUGUUGUUUGAAGUCAAACGACUGUAAAAGCAUGAAUGUGUAACUGGUCUGCUUUUAGCGAAGCCACUGUGCUCCCUUUCUUGUUCUGGAACUGGAAUGUGAACCUAAGAUGUCACUGCGGCAGUCAGGUGUGCUGACUGCUGAGCUAACAGCACAAUCUAGCUUCAGCUGCCAGUACACUUGCCAGUACGCUUUCAGGGAGUAUUUCAAACUUUCAACACUAUUCUAUGCCUCCAAAUAGUCUGCAGUAGCUCAGUAUAUAGCAUGUUCAACUGGCAAUGUUACAAUAUGGGUUUGAAUCAACAUAUAGCAUAUUCAACUGUCAAGGUAUGGGUUUGAAUCCUGACUGGAAAAAAAAAAUUACAAAAAAAAAGUAUCGGUUGCUGAAGCAGUACAGCUAUAUAUACGUGUUUUUCACGUUUUAAUUUGUACAAUUGUGGCAAACAGCUGCCAGUAUUUUAGCGUAAAUACAACCUUUUUACAGUGCACAUUCUCUCACCAGAAUUGGAG